GCUGCCCCAUCAGCCCCAAAAGGACUGUUCUGUUUCCGACAAGCUGACAGCACCUCUAGGACCACCUGCUGCCAAUCCUGAGCUGUUCUAUGAGUUUGGGCAAGAGACCAAGCCAUGGCUAGGCAACAUGCAGGGCCAGAGGAGUCUCCUGAACCACCAUCCUGGGCCCCUGGGAGACUUUGAUGGCAUAGCUGAGCUCCUGUCAAGCCCAAGAGCUGAACUUGAGGACCCUCCAGGAAGUGGAGCCAUCCCUGCAUUGUAUCCAGAGUGUAUGUCAGAUUUGAGGCAAAAAGACGUUGGUAGUGGCAUCCUCCAUCCCCCAAAUAGCAACAUGUGUAAGGACACUAUUGAAUUCUGCAGCCAGGAGCCUUCUGACAAUGAGCAGCUGAAGGAUUCCAGGGUGUUUGGAGAGCUCGCUGCAACGUUUGAGGAUGUGGCGGUAUACUUCACUCGGGAGGAGUGGGGUCUGCUGGACAAGCAGCAGAAGAGGCUCUACAGAGAUGUGAUGCAGAUGAACUAUGAGCUGCUGGCUUCCCUGGAACCACCUGCUGCCAAGCCAGACUUGAUCACAAAACUGAAAUGCAAAGCUUCACCCUGGAUCAAGGACCCUAAUGGGCUAAAGUCAGGGAAAAGUCGUUCCCUUGGUGAGUCAAGCCUUAUCAGCAUGUUUGAAGGAGAAGUGGACAGACCUAGCAGAGUCAAGAAGACAUACAGGCCCCGUUCCAUUCAGAGGUCGUGGUUUGGGCAGUUCCCCUGGUUAGUAAUGGACUCCAAGGAGACCAAGCUGUUCUGCUCUGUUUGCAGAGAAAGACCAACUCUCCACGACAAGUCAUCCCGUUUGGUCCAAGGUUACACUGGGCCUUUUAAAGUGGAAACUUUAAAAUACCAUGAGGUCAGUAAGGCACACAAACUGUGUGUCAACACUGUGGAGAUCAGAGAUAACAGUCCUCAGCCUACUCUCACUCCAGAGAUCUCCAGUGACCUCAUGGCCAACAUGGAGCCCUUCUUCAAUGCUGCCUAUUCCAUUGCGUACCACUCCAGGCCUCUGAAUGACUUUGAGAAGCUCUUGCAACUCCUCCAGAAUACUGGCACUACGCUAUUAGGUAAGUACCGGAAUCGCACUGCCUGCACGCAGUUCAUCAAGUAUAUCUCCGAAACUUUGAAGAAGGAGAUCCUAAGAGACAUUCAGAACUCCCCAUGUGUGAGCCUGCUAUUGGACAGCUGCACAGACUCCUCCAACCAGGCCUGUGUGGGGAUAUACAUGCGCUACUUGAAGCAGAUGGAGGUGAAGGAGUCAUAUAUCACCCUAGCCCCUCUCUCCAGUGAGACAGUAGAUGGGUACUUUGAGACCAUUAUUGCUACCCUGGAUGAGCUGGAUAUCCCUUUCCGGAAGCCUGGUUGGGUGGUAGCUCUGGGAACUGAUGGGUCUACCAUGCUGAGCUGCAAGGGAGGCCUUGUGGAAAAGUUCCAGGAGAUCAUCCCUCAGCUGCUGCCUGUGCACAGUGUGGCCCACCGGCUUCAUGUGGCAGUGGUGGAUGCUUGUGGGAGCAUUGAUCUGGUGAGGAAGUGUGAUCGGCACAUCCGGACUGUCUUCAAGUUUUAUCAGUCCUCAAAUAAGAGGCUCAGUGAGCUGCAGAGUGUUGCAGCUCCCUUGGAGCAGGAAAUCAUCCGUCUGAAGGACUUGAACACUAUCAGAUGGGUGGCCAGCAAAAGACGCACUCUGAACACACUCAUUGUGUGCUGGCCUGCCCUAGCCAGGCAUCUUCAGAGAGUGGUGGAGGCUGGCGGCCAGAUUGGUCAGAGAGCCAAGGGCAUGCUGAAGCUGAUGAAGGGCUUCCAUUUCAUCAAGUUCUGUCACUUUCUUUUGGAUUUCUUGAGCAUCUACAGGCCUCUGUCUGAGGUGUGCCAGAAGGAGCUUGUGCUGGUCACAGAAGUGAAUUCUACCCUGGGGCAUGCCUAUGUGGCGCUGGAGAGUCUCCGCCAACAGGCAGGGCCCAAAGAAGAAGAGUUCAAUGCCAGCUUCCAGGAUGGGCAGCUCCAUGGCAUCUUCCUGGACAGAGUGGAGAUGGCAGAGCAGUGGUUCCAGGCAGACAGGGAGAGAACGAUCCUGACUGGGGUCGAGUACCUCCAGCAGAGGUUUGAUGCAGACCGCCCCUUGCAGCUCAAAAACAUGGAGGUAUUAGACACCAUGGCCUGGCCUAGCAGGAUCGAACUGUCCUGCUUUGGGAACAAUGACAUUCUCAGCCUUGCCAGGUAUUUUGAACUUUCCCUCCCUGUGGGGUACAGUGAGGAAGCGCUGCUGGAGGAGUGGCUGAGCUUGAAAGCAGCUACCCAGAACCUCCCAUUCUCCGUGCUAUGUAAGAAUGCCCUGACUCAACACUGCCGAUUCCCUCUACUGAGCAAGCUCAUGGCCGUGGUGGUCAUCGUGCCCAUCUCUACUUCUUGCUGUGAACGGGGAUUCAAGGCCAUGAACAGGAUCAGAACUGAUGAGAGGACUAAGCUUUCCAAUGAGGUGCUCAACACACUCAUGAUGACGGCAGUGAAUGGCGUGGCAGUCACAGAAUAUGACCCCCAGCCAGCCAUCCAGCACUGGUACAUGACCUCUUCAGGACGACGCUUCAGCCACAUCUAUGCUCAGGUGCCUACCCACUCCCAUGCCAAAGGCGGGGUUCAGAGACGCACCAACGCAGAUUCGCUUGGUUCAGGGCCUGGGAUCCCGUUGCGCAUGCUCACCGCCCUCUUCCAGGCCGUGCACCUGCUUGGAGAAUCCGCUGUUUGA